AUGCUAGAGCGAUUGCAAGAGGGUGUGUCCAGGUUAGACACAUCUAUAGCUCGCUCAUUCUUGGGGCAUCACUUCCGCCUCGAUGGGUCCGGACAUCCGUUAGAGCGCAAGGGGUCGCGGUUCUCGACGGAGAUCCGUGCGGGUCUCGUGACAUUUACUGCCAUGGCUUACAUAUUGGCUGUGAAUGCUAAUAUUCUGUCAAGUUCAGGGGGUCCCUGUGUUUGCAAUGCUGAAUCGUGUGAAACUGACCCCGCUUACCAACAGUGUAAGAACGAUAUACGUCGCGCAUACAUUGUGGCAACAGCGGCAGCUGGAUGCAUGUCCUCCGGACUAAUGGGUCUCAUUGCAAACAUGCCGCUAGGCCUGGCGCCAGGACUGGGCGCCAACGCCUAUUUUGCCAAUGUGGUGUUGUCGGGCCUCGUGAACUAUUCACAAGCAUUAGCUGUCGUUUGGCUCGAGGGAUGGAUCUUUGUCAUAAUCUCUCUGCUGGGUGUACGACAAUGGAUUUCCAGACUGCUGCCGACGUCGCUGAAACAUAGUACCGGUGCAGGGAUUGGCAUGUACCUUGCACUUAUUGGUCUUAGCUCGAGUGGAUUGAAUGUGGUAAGCCCUGGCACCUCGACGGUCCUUCAAUUCGCUGGGUGCUUGCCUCAGUACCAGGACGAAAACGGCAUAUGUGAAUCACAUGUGCUGCAAGAUCCUAAGAUGUGGGUCGGCAUAUUUCUGGGAGGGGUUCUCAUUACGUUUUUGAUAUUGUACCGUGUCCGAGGAGCGAUGAUAAUUGGGAUCCUGCUAGUGUCAGUUUCAUCCUGGCCUCGAGGCUCGGCUGUGACGCAGUUUCCCUACACGGACGAGGGCAAUAAUAACUGGAACUUUUUCAAGCAUGUCGCGACAUGGAGAAGCAUCGAUCCGAUUGGGCCCAAGAACAUCAAUUGGCAAGGAUACGACACAGGACACGCUUGGCUGGCGUUGAUUAUUUUCCUGUAUUUGGACUUGCUCGACACCACAGGCACAUUGUAUGCGAUGGCAACCCAUGCAGGGCUUGUUGAUGUUCGAACAGGAGACUUUGAGGGAAGCUCAACCGCGUACGUGUGUGAUGCACUAUCGAUUUCCAUGGGUAGUUUAUUGGGCUGCUCGCCAUGUACAGCGUUUGUCGAAAGCGCGUCAGGCAUCGCGGAAGGCGGACGCACAGGUAUCACAGGGUUGACCGUUUCUUUGAUGUUCUUUUUGAGUUUGUUUUUUGCACCCAUCUUUUCAUCUCUACCGCCAUGGGCCACCGGUAGUGUCUUGGUAAUUGUCGGUUCUAUGAUGAUGACAACGGCAGCUGAGGUGAACUGGGCGUACAUGGGGGAUGCUUUGCCUGCGUUCUUGACCAUGAUCGGCAUUCCGUUCUUCUAUAACAUCGGGUAUGGGCUUAUUGCUGGCAUUAUCUCAUACAUGGUCCUAAAUGUGAUACCCUGGUUGAUACUGAAAGCCACUCGAGGCAGGGUUGUUCCCGAGGGCUGGUACACGGAGCGCGAGCCGUGGGGUGUGGCCUCGACGGCGACGUUCCUGGAUAUAUCAGAUAAGCAACUUUCACGCACGCAGCGCUUCAUUGUGCAAAGCAGUAUUUUCCCUACGUGGCUUAAAAAACUAUCGAUUGGGCAAAAGUGCUUCUGGCGCAUGACGCCUGCGGAGAUCGAGGACCACCUGGAGGGUCGCCGCGUCACAGAGUUGUAUGUGAAGGAGCGCGAGCGGCGGCGUCGUGAAGAGCGCGAGCUGUUCCGCCAGCACCCGCCGCCGCCACGCGAGCCUGAGGAGACCAAACCCAUAUCGGUUAUGGGCGGGGUCGAGAAGUACGAGGUGUGA